AUGAUGUUAAAAACGUGCGUGUGGCUGGCCGUGCUGGUGACGACUUCGCUCGGAAUGGCCAUCCAGAGGUCAUUUGACGAUGGCGUGCCGUAUGAUCCAGCAACAGGCAAAGGAGCAAUGAUCUCGGGGGGAACAAACCACGAACUCGAUUUACAAAAUCCCGGCGCACUUGGGCAAGAAAGCACAGAUGCUGGAUCUGUCCCGAACCUGAAAUGGUCCUUCUCCAUGUCGAAAACAAAGAUCUUCCCUGGUGGCUGGGUUCGACAACAAGUGAUUGACGAUCUUCCACAGAGUCAUGACAUCGCUGGUGCUCAACAGCAUCUAAAAAAGGGCGCCAUUCGGGAACUACAUUGGCACACAGUUGCUGAAUGGGGAAUUGUUUAUGAAGGUGAGGUGCUCAUUACGGCCAUGGAUGAGAAUGGAAAAUAUCAGAUCGAAAAGCUAGGAUUCGGCGACGUGUGGUACUUUCCCAAAGGAUCGCCGCAUAGCAUUCAAGGUCUAGCGGAAGAAAAUGAAUGUCUCCUCGCUUUUGACAGCGGGGAUUUUGACAAGAGAGGGGUCACGUUCAAUAUCGCCGAUUGGGUAGCACAUACGCCCAAGGCAGUCAUUGCCAAAAACUUUGGUGUCAACGAGUCCGUCCUCGAUAAUCUCCCACAGAAGAAUCCUUACAUCUUAAACUCGACAACCGAAACGACUACCAAGAUUCAAGGACCAGUCGGAGGGUUGACAGGCAAUGCUUCUUAUGUAUACCGAACUCUGCAGCACGACCCGGAGUCGAUUGGCGGUAACGGAGGCACCAUUUACAAGAUCGACUCGAGCAACUUUCCUGUAGCAAAGACAAUAGCAGCGUCAUUUGUUGCUCUUAAGCCAGGUGGACUCCGGGAGCUGAACUGGCAUCCGAAUGCCGAACAAUGGCUUUACUUUCAUCGAGGUCAAGGCAGAGCGACUGCUUACAUUGGAAAUUCAAACGCCCGAACAUUUGACUUUGUGGCUGGCGACGUGGGGGUAUUUCCUGACAAUAGUGGACAGUAUAUUGAAAACACGUCCGAGACAGAAGACUUGGUGUGGAUCGAGUUAUAUAAAAGUGACCGGGUUGCAGAUGUUCCGCUUACUCAGUGGCUUGCUCUUACACCACCUGAGAUUGUUGCAAGUAUUCUCAAACUGCCACUAGAGGUCAUACACAACUUGAAGAAGGAGAAGCAGGUUCUGAUUGAAUGA